AGCCGCAGUUUCAUCUCCCCACCGACUAAGCAUGGGUGUCCAGGGUUUCCAAGAGUUCCUGGAGAAACGCUGUCCUGGGGCCGUGGUGCCCGUGGACCUCCUGAAACUCGCGCGCACGUUGUCGCGGCAACAUCAGCACCAGCAUCGCCAACUGCCACCUCCUGUAGCCAUAGCGCCCGGAGCUCCACGCGCCCCGAAGGGCUCUGCGCCUCUGCCACCGCCGCUCCCUCCAGCCGCCUUGAGUGUCUGCGAAGGGCCCGCCAGGCCGACGGGGCCUCAUCGCCCUGCUCACCACUUCUACCACCACGGCCAAGCGCAGCCCGGGUUGCAUCUGCCUCCGCCGCUGCUGCCUCCCUCGCUGCCCGGGGUCCGCGUACUAGUGGAUGCGGGCUCAGCACUGCCGCGGCUUUAUGGCGGUUACCAGACUGAUUGGGUGUGUGGCGGUCAGUGGAACGCCAUGCUGGGCUACCUGUCUGCGCUCUGCCAGGCUUGUGCUUAUCCCGGCGGGGACGGCCUGGAACUGGUCGUCAUGUUCCCCGGGGGCCUGGGUAAGGACAGGUUGGCUGAGUGGGGCCGUCGGUGCCAAGCCGAGCGGCAGACAGCGCAGCUCAUCGUAGGACACGUGGGCAACAAGGGCACCCCGCCUCCGCGGGCCUGGUUCCUGCCACCGGCAUGCUUGAGUCACUGCGUGAGGCUAGCACUCAUCCGCUUCCGGGUCAAGGUCUUUCAGAGCCUUGAAGACCAUCAUUUGGAAGUAGUGGCUUUUUUCAGGGAACAUGGAUUCCAUGGACUUCUUGCCCAUGAUUCCGAAUAUGCCCUCUACAAUAUUCCCUCUUACUAUAGUUCUCAUGCUCUGAAAUUGAGCUGGAAUGGAAAGAACCUUACUACCAAUCAGUUCCUGAUGCAGGAGGUGGCCAAGCAAUUGGGCCUGAAGCGAAUGAAUUUUCCCAUAUUUGCUGCACUGCUAGGUAAUCACAUUCUCCCAGAUGAGGACCUGGCUGCUUUUCACUGGAGUCUGUUGGGACCAGAACAUCCCCUUGCAUCACUUAAGGUUCGAGCUCAUCAGCUGGUUCUUCCUCCCUGUGAUGUGGUGAUCAAAGCUGUUUCUGAGUAUGUUAGUUCCAUAAAAGACCCCUCAAACCUGGAUGUGGUUGGGAAGGAUGUUUUCAAGCAGUCUCAGUCCAGGACAGAAGAUAAAAUAGAACGCUUCAAGAAAGCAGUUGAGUACUAUUCAAUCACAACCAAACUAUCUUCACUGCCAGUGGGUCCCACCUCUUUUCUCGGUUUUCGGAAUAAUAGACUUGGAAAUCCUUCCAUUCCACAAAAUCAAAUGGGAACUAUCCCUGCUGAAAAGCCAGCAUUCUCUCACCACAUGUCCCAGAAAAUGAAAUACUCUCCAACAUUUCCAGUGGGACCCAGCUCCUCUCUACUGUUAUCCCCCCAAGCUUUGGGUGAACCUCAGACUUUUUCUGAGGAUCCUGUGCUACAGGACAGCCCCUUUGCAAAUUGGGCUGUUUCCUAUGAUUCCUCUGCAUCUCAGUUUCCCAGUUAUAUAACUUCCAAAGCCUCACCUUCUUUGGGACCAGACUCUUCUCACUCUUCUUCCUCUGAUGGUGAUGAGCCAAAUGGAACCAGUUCUGAUCACAUCACAGAAACACUUCAGCAGCAGCCUGGAUGGGAGGACUCAAAUGGUGACAGAGGAUCUUGGGUACAACCCAUCAAUGCUGGAGUUUCAGAUACCAGCCUGGGUAGUGGUGAGCCCCACAUCCCAUCUCUUCUGUCUAUGUCCACGAGGAACCACUUGGAUAUCACCAUUCCACCUUUACCUCCAGUAGCUCCAGAAGUUUUGCGAGUUGCUGAACACAGACACCGAAGGGGUCUUAUGUAUCCUUAUAUCUACCAUAUCCUUACUAAGGGUGAGAUUAAAAUCCCUGUAUGUAUUGAAGAUGAAUGUAACAUGGAGCUGCCUCCAGCCACUCUCCUGUUCCGAUCAGCUCGUCAAUAUGUAUACGGGGUCCUUUUCAGUCUCGCAGAAACACAGAGAAAAAUGGAACGCCUUGCUGUGCGGAGGAGGCUGCCUGUAGAAGUUCCAUCAGUGAUCCUCAAAGAAUGGUCUGCCUAUAAAGGGAAGUCGCCUCAAACUCCUGAGCUAGUGUCUGCUCUGACUUUUCGGGAAUGGACUUGCCCAAACCUCAAGAAGCUCUGGCUAGGCAAAGCAGUUGAAGACAAGAACAGAAGAAUGCGAGCCUUUCUGGCCUGUAUGAAGUCAGACACUCCCAGUAUGCUCAAUCCAGCUAAUGUCCCCACCCAUUUGCUGCUGAUGUGCUGUGUACUCCGGUACAUGGUUCAGUGGCCUGGUGGCCGAAUCCUUCAUCGUCAUGAGCUAGACACUUUCCUUGCACAGGCAGUAUCUACGCACCUUUAUGAGCCAGAUCAACUUCAAGAACUCAAGAUUGAGAAACUAGAUGCCCGAGGGAUCCAACUUGCUGCCCUCUUCAUGAGUGGGGUUGACACAGCUUUGUUUGCUAAUGAUGCCUGUGGCCAGCCAGUUCACUGGGAGCAUUGCUGCCCCUGGAUAUACUUUGAUGGAAAACUGUUCCAGAGCAAGCUAAUUAAAGCAGGCCAAGACCGAGUAUCCCUGGUUGAGCUCUGUGAUGGCCAGGCGGACUUGGCAACCAAAGUGGAAAAAAUGAGACAAAGUAUCCUUGAAGGAGUCAACAUGAAAUAUCCAACACCUUCUGCUCUACUUCCAUCACCUACCUUUGUGCCUUCCAUGGUACCGUCUCUAUACCCUGUACCACUUUAUUCCCGAGCCAUGGGCUCAGUAACACCUCCCCCUCAAGGAAGGAGCCGGGGGUUUGCAGGUUUUCAUCCAAUCCCAUCCCAAGGAGGAAAAUUGGAGAUUGCUGGAAUGGUUGUGGGCCAAUGGGCUGGAAGCAGACCAUCUAGGGGCCGAGGCUCUUUUGGCAUGCAAGUGGUUUCUGUUGGUGGUCCAGGAAAGGGGCGUGGAAAAGAACAAACUGGUAGAGGAUCCAAAGGACAUAGAAAAGGAAAUAAACAAUGCACUUCAGAUGGAAUUUCUAAAUCCCUGGAGCCUCAUCAAGGCCAGUUCCACUCACAGGUAAAUGGAAACAAUGGCACAUUGGUCAAAGAAGAGAAGAAUAAUCAUCAGCCUCCAACUCCAUCACAAUGUGCCUUAUCCAGAGACAGCAGCAAGUGUAAUAAUAAUGGUAACCACUACUUCCCAAUGAAGAAUGAAGAGAAGAUCCACUCAGAAGAGCAAGAGAUAGGAACUGUGGCAUUGCAAAAAGAGGAAUAACAAGUGUAAGAUAGCUUCACCUAAUCAGAAGAGAGGAAAACCUAUGCUUUUCUAAUUCUAAGCCUAAGUUAGAGGAAGAUAAAAAUGCUAACCUAGAUGUAUUUAGGAUUUUAUGAAUAUCUUAUUGUAUCUAUCUUCCCCAUUUUCAUAUUUUCUGGACCUCCAAACCUAGUGGUCUGCCUCUUGGGAAGCUCUUGUCAAAGAUGAUGAAUGGCAGCAGGCAGGACUCCCUCUUGUUCUUAAAUUGAAUAUAUUUGUGCCACUAUUCUCUUUACCAUAUCUAUUAAGGCAUUGAUUUUCAGUAGUAAGCUGAUGUCACAUAGAAAAGUUCCACCUUGAUUUUCUGAGUCUUUCUCAUGAUGAUCAUUUACUAAACCCCUGGAGUAAUGGGAUUUAGUUCUAACUCUGGCCUGACAAUCAGAUAAAUAGCUGUUUUCAGGUAAGUGAGGUAGAAUUGGUUAUUUCCUUUUUUUAAUUUUAUACACUUAAGAACACACACAAAGUCUACCAAUGGCCUUUAUACUGGGUAAUUCAAGUGAGUCAGAAAAGUACUAGGCAGAUUUUCCUGCCAUUAAACUAAAGCAUUAUUUGUAAUUUUCGAUAAUGUGGUGCAGUUCAUCUACUCCCUGCUGCCCACACCCUGAAAAAGUGGGAAUGAGUGUGAUGAGAUUCAAGUAUGAUAGAGAAUUUAAAAUACUGUUUGUGUGCAUGUAUAUAGAAGUAUGUGGUUGGAUGUAUAUAUGAAUAUUUGUAUCUGUAUGCAUACACAUACCCUUUAUAUAAAGAGAUUUAUUUAUCUAUACAUAUUUUAUAUAUAAAUAUAUAUGUAUGUGUAUAUAUACAUAUAUACACAUGCAUUUAUGUAUACAUACUUGCUGAUUUCCCAGAAGACUUACUGAAUUUCCCAGAAAUGCUUUCCAUUGAUAUGGAGUAGUGCGUUUCAAAAGACUGCACUUGAAAAUCUAGUUACUGUCACAGCCCAUCACAAUUAUGACAAAAUGGGCUUUUCUAAAACAGACAGAAAUACUUUCCAGAGAUUACCUGUUCAGAACAACAAACAGUUUUCAUGAAUUUACUCUUGAAUAGAGACCGCACAUCCUGAGUGAUAAAAGAAUUUGGAAUGGGAUUAGGAAGAAUUGGGCAUUUCCUCAUGAAGGAGCAACCUGGUCUGGAGAGAAUAUGAGUGUGGGAAGUGAUUAUGGAACUUGCAACUUACUUGAGAAAAUAUCACACAGAACUUCAGGAUCAAAUUAAUCUCAGGUUAGGAAUGAUUGCCA